CGCAUCAGGUCGCCCACGCAAUCUUUUCGAUACAUUGCGAACACUAGUCAAAUCUGAAAAAGAUGAUACAAUUUCGCGUACACGAAAUGCGUUUCAUAGUAAUGACAGUAAUAUUUCAUUAUUAAUCAAGCCUGAGGCUAAUGACACAUCGACAUCUCAUGUACACCUUAAUGAUCAAACUGUUAACAGCAGCAAUGAAACUGUUGGUUUUAUGCUGAUUCAUGAUGGUGAUCAUGCUGAUAACUUGUUGAAUCAGAGAACAGGUAUUUGCAAAACCAUUUCAUCAAUCAGGAAUGAUAUUCAGACUUCACCAAAUCCUGCUCCAGGCCCUUCACAGACUGUAUGUAUAUCAAAUGUCAUUGGUGCUAGUGCUGAUUUUAUAAAUUCUAAGUAUAAAUUGCCGACCACGUCUUGCACUUCCUCAACUCAAAAUAGCUGUUCUAGUGAUAUUUCUAUAAAUCGUACCUCUGGUCUACAAAUGGGGGAUUUCCAUGCACUAUCUGUUUCGUCUAGGCGUACGACCAUUAUUCAAGAAACACCUCACGGUACUCAUCAUUAUCCUUCGAUUCCUCUAAGUUUAUCAGCUAAUGGUCUUAGUGAGUCAUAUAACGAGGAUCCCGUUUUACGAGAGUAUAUUCAUAAAAAAUGUACACUACUAAGAUACCCUAUUCAGUUGGCUUUGGCAAUGUCGAAGUUGUGUUCACCAUCAAAAUUAUGUACAAUAUCUGGCAAACAAACAAAUCACUCAGAGUUCAAUAAGAGUUCACUUCGUCCCAUUUCCGAUCACGGUUACAUGGAAAUAGAUGCUAGCCAUUUUACUCUAAAUCCAUCUGCAAUAUUUGCUAAAAAUAAUACUGUAAUGAUGAAUAAUAUAAACCGGCCCCGAACAAAGGCUCAAUUACGUCAUCUAAAUAUUAACAAAUCAAGUCACUCGUCAGAAAGGACAACACAAGAUUUCGCUUCACAAUCUAAAAAUAAAAUCACACAAUCAAAGGAAUCUCAAAGGCUUACACCAAUUACGAAUGAAUCAGAUGUAAUUGAAAUUCUUUCCGAUGAAGAGGGAAAAUGUGGUCCAUGUAGGUAAUGAAUAUUUUUAUGCAUAUUUUAUCAUUAAUAUGAAACCAACUAUGUAGGUGGCUAUAGUAUAAUCCAUGCUUUUGGAAGAUAUAUUGGUGCACCUGUGAAUGAAAGAGUUUCACUUAUAUUCCAAGGAUUGCACAACUCGACAUUCGCUUCAGUUCCAUUCUGCAGACCCGACAAUCAGUGUAGCUCCGACUUAAUGUUCUAAGUACCAUUUUUAAAUGCUAGGUUUCUAAUUUAAAUCGUACUCAAUUUACCUCUGGUAGUCUCUUGACCUCUACAUGGCAUAAAUAAUCAUUAUUUUAACUUUCAUCACACAUUAAUUAUCAGUACAGAGCGGAAAGACAUCAAAAUUCCAACGAAUGAAAAUAAGGGUACUAACAGCAGUGGGAAACUUCAAGAAGAAAAUCAGAAGACCUAAGUAAGUCUAGCGGUUAGGAUUCCUCGCUGUCAGCCAUGUGGCCCGGUGUUCGACUCCUGGCGCGUCACAGUUUUGCCCCCAAAUGCCCUGGUACGGCCGAGGGUGGGGAAAUUCAUCCCUCUCUCUCGAAAUGCUCUCACAUGUUCACGUGCAUACACCCACUGCCUUUCGUUAUAUGUACAUAAGUAUUUUGAAAAAUGGGAUAAUAUUCUUAAUUUAUGUACGAAUACUUUUAUAUAUUUUAAUGAACUAUGUAUUUCUCCUUAUAUCUGGUAUUAUUGUGUUUAAAAGUCAGCACAUAAAUGGGUGUAUGUUGUGAAUGCAUCUGAACGACUUGUUUUGGGGAUAUAUUUUCGAUUAGUCAAUAAAUCUCUACUUACAUCAAUCUUUUGUGUUCUUGCUUAUGGCAUGGAAUUUACAAUGGUUUUGGUUUCCGAGUAUGUGCAGUAGGAUUGCGGAUUCAACAGAGGCGACGUGGACCUAACAUUUAACUUAUUUAAUAAUACCUGAUUACUUAUAAAUCUAAAAUUCCCCAGCAGAUAUAAAAUAUAGCAAGUCAAUCGACUGCAAAUUCUUGUUAUGAAUGGUUAUCAGAAAGGCAAUUUAUAUAACGAGAUCUGUGUCUCGUUAUUUAGUGUUCCGUAAGUAGCGACUAAUAGAUGUAUUCGGUGUUUCAUGUUUCAACUUCUCGCUUGUAAACUAUCAAAAUAGAUGCCACGUGUACUUCAUUUAUUCAUUACUGCAAUUUUUAUUUGAUGCCUAGUCAGUGUAUUCUGUGAUUGUUUGGCUUAUGAAGACAGACACAAUCUGGUACACUACAUAACUGAAUAAAUUAUGUUGUAGGAACCACUUCUGCUUAUUUUGUACUUUCUGUCUUAAUAUACUCUUGUUACGUAGUUCUGGUUAAUUAAAUGGUAAAAUGGGUAUAACCGAUAGCACAUGAUUUAGUCGAACCCCCAGUCCUAUAAAAACAAUAAAACAAAAGAGUAUUUCAAUUUCGAUUAAUAAAUCAAAAAAAAAGUCUUUGUAAAACUAGUGAAGUAUGAUAUGAUGCUGAUCUCAUUCAUUAAGGAAUCCUUAAUAAUAAAUUGAAACAUCCAUAUAGUAUCAAAUACUAAAACUGAGGCAUGCGAAGAAAUUUGUGGGUCUCAGUUAAAUCCAUAUAAUACAAAGUAAUAAUGUUUAAAAAUAAAUAAUGAAUGUUUAUAAUGUUCAAAUGAACUGUAGAUAAAUUGGGUAGGAGUAAACAUUCAGUACCUGCUUCACUUUGGAUUGAUGAUAUGAACAUACUCAAUAAAGUCAGUGGUUAUUGUAGGAAUGUGUUACCAGCCACAAGCGUAUUACACCACAUGUAACAUCAAGCUUUUCUAUUUCUCCCUAAUGGCUAAAACUUAACCACCAAUUUCAAUGAUUUCACUCUCUCUUACAGCCACACCACGUUACAAAAAUCCCUGUGUUCUUAAAAGCCGCCAACUUCGUCACCGAUCUCGUCAGUUUUGUAAGAAUCUCCGGAAAACAACCAGACUGUCUACAUUAUACAGGUCCCAAAUUACCCCUAAUUAUAGAUGGAAAUUGCGGUCAACGGAAGAUUCUGUUGGACUUCGAUUAGUUUCUUCACUUGAUUUCGAUAGAGAUCCAGAAGCGAAACUAUCACAGACUCCACAUUGGGUUUAUACUUAUGCAUCAAAAUAUGAAAAAAGUGAAAUGAAAUCUCAUUUGUUACUUGGAGAUGUCUUACGAAUUUUAUAUUUAUUGUUAGUAAAUCGUAGAAAUCAAUUAGUUUUAAGAAAUGUUUUAAAACACUGUCGACAUUAUUGUCGUAGAAUACCUUCAGGUGAUAUUCAUAUUUAUACAUCAACUGGUUUAUCACCGUUAAGAUCGAUUUCUUUACCACAAUAUUCAUGCACCAUUUCAAAAUCUACUCCACUAUUUAUUGUACACUGGUAUUCUGAUAAUAUUUUAAAAGAAAUAUUAGCUGUUACAUAUAGUUGUUUACCAUUACAUGAAACUUGGUACGAUUGUUGUCCAAAAAUGUUACUGCAUACAUUAUCAUAUUUAAUUUUUAAACCAGAUGCAAAAAAGCGUAUUUUAAACUUUGCAAAAACCUUCUCUGUUAAACCUGGACAAAUCUCAAGUGCGUUUUCAUUGUUACCAAUAAUACAAACAAACGAGAACGAUUCUACGAAAUGUUCAUCACUUUAUAACCUACAUGAUGAUCAUCAUGAUUUGGAAUUGUAUACAAAGUUAUCUGAUUGUCUUCCAAAACCACUCACAACUAUAUUGAAAACGAAUAUCGGUUUGCCCGUUUAUCAUAUUGCAGGAUUUGGACUGCUUAUUAAUUCUUUUCAUAACACGUGCAUUCAUGUUUUCACUGAUAUCAAGCCAAGUGUGCAUUCUAAUUUCAAUGUCCCGUUGGAUGAACAGUUAUCCGUUAAUUUGUUCAUUAUCAUACAACAUUUACAUCAAGCUGUAUCUGUUUGUUUGUGCAGACUACGUGAUUCCUAUGCAUCGCUUAUGUCAGCUGGUGCCUGUCUAAGAGCAAGAUAUGAACUUUCAAAAACCCAUUGUAACGAUACUCAGCAACUGACUUAUUUACGUAUUGCUCGAGGUCGCGCACGUCUUUUUGAAUCAGAAGCUGUUGCUCGAGAUAAUAUUGGUCGCAUAUUUAAUGAAGAGGUCAACCCUCAUAUUCUUAAUCUAAUAAACCUAUUGGAACGCAUAUACCAAAGUUUACGUCACUUAACUGGAAAUACUUUCUUAUUUGGUCCAUUUUACAAUCAGAAUAUUAUGUCUUGCAAUGAUGAAAACUUGACUUUACUAAACUCCAAACAAUGGGUUAUCGAGUCCCUCAAAUAUGUGAAAAAAUUAGUUCAUUUUUCAAAUGCAGUACCAAAGUUUAACAUUUCUCUCUUUAUUGAAACAUCUUUUCAUCUAUUAGAAUAUCUAACUGUUGAUGUAACUAGACAUCUUCAUUUAGUUAUGAAAAAAGUGUUAUCUUUCAAGAAUCAACUAUCACAGACCUAUACAUCCAUUACUAACUCUUGGAUCCCAGCUUACAAAGGUCUAUCCACUGAAGUUAAUUCACGUGCUGAUAUUGACUUAAAGUAUUUCUUUUCGUCAUUGCAAAGCCAGUAUGAUGUAAUUGAGGUCUGGGCUCGACGUCAGCAUGAAACAGAACUAAGAUCUAUUGGUAACGAAAUGAUAAACCUUCUCAAGAUACUUGCUAAAUGCUGGAAUUGUCAGUCUCUAUAUAGAAAUUUGAAGUUACCAUGUCCUGCUUUGAGCAUUCCAUAUGGUUCCAAAAAUAAUUCAUCUCAUUUCCUUCUGAAAGAACCUGGCAUAAUUUCGCUAUCGUCCUGGCCACCAGUUCAUCCCAGUUUUAUUCUUACUCAACAUAUAGUCCAAACAAACUUACAGGAACACACCAAUCAAAGCGUUAGUUCUCUCAGCAGUGAUACACAGGAGUUUGUCUACUCAAAACUGACAUUUUCGCAGGAUGCUUCGACUAGAAUAUCCAGUUCUAACCUAAAAAUAGAAUGCCCUUCCAUGGUUAAUAAUAAUAACCAUAAGGCUGGUGCAUGUCAUUUCUUACCGAGCAAUAAUUUUGUUAGUGAAACGCUAUCUAGUGAGCAGGUUAAUGUUACUUCAGAUUUAAGUGCUAAAUUUCCUGCACCGCAAACUGUCAGUUAUCAUUCUUCUAACUGUGCACCUGAUAAACAUAUUUUCACCCCUUCUGACCAAUUUCGUCCAGUUGAUAGCACUACGAACACAUCUACGUUUGCAUCAUCAGAUCUUCACAGCCAUCGAACUACUGAAAAAUUAUCAACUACUAAAAAUUUACCUACUCAGUCGACUUUAAAAAACAACUCGAAUUUGUUGAACUCAGAUAUCAGUGUAAAUAAUCUUUUGGUUACCGAUGUCAGUAACAAUAGGCUGGAGUUUGAUUUAAUAGACACCAAUAAAAAAUCGUCUAAAGAAGCAGCCCUGGUAGAAUCAUGUGUUCAAAAUUUGUGUAAACCUUGCCAGAAUCACCCUACAUCCAUUUUGAAUGACAAUGAAUCAAAAAAAGAUGCCCAUUCAGUUGAUACACUAUAUUGUAAUGCUCAUAGUGAGACUAAUGUUAAUCAAGAUUAUCAGAUUACAGAUGAUAUUUCACCACCUGUCCAAUGCUUACUCACAGUCUCUCAAGAUAAUGAUCCAUUACUUCAGGAAAAUGUACGAAUAUCAUUUACACCAACUUUCAAGAACUUGAUAGCAUGCGAUACCACUCAAAUCGAGAACGGCUAUUCAGAUCAGUCUUCAGUUGUAGUAAAUCAUCCGAUCAUAUUUCCAAAUGUUGCAAAUACAGUCAUUUCAAACUCAUCAACCUCAUCGAACUCACCACAAAAGACUUGUAAUGGACAUGCUGAAAUACCCCCAUAUACAUCUCCAUCCAUUUGUAAUAAAGAUAUCAUCACUAGGAAUAACACUUCUCCCAUUAUUUCUCCCAAUACUGCUGAUAUUCAGAACUCAAAGUCCAAAUUAUUUCAGCCCCCACAAGAUGUUCACGAUUGGAAUGGUUCGCUAGAUGAAAGUGUUCCCAUCUCAAGUCCGAAGUUUGAUCUACCCACUUCCUCAAACUCAUGCGAACCAAUCUCCAUAAAUUCUAAAACUAUUUGUGAUCAUCAUGCAACUAAUCCCACUUCCGGAGAUGCUUUUGCUAAGUCAAAAAGAUAUUCAUGUCCUCCUCUAGAGGAAAAUAAGGCUAGUAAUAAUUUCAGUCUCAUUAAUAAUAAUAAGCUAGUACGAUCUACUGAUAUAUGUAAAAAGCAUUCGAAAGAAAAAUCCAUUAAAAAAGUGUGUAUUUAUCUGCCGGAUAGUGCUAUUUCUAAUUCUCCUACUAAAGAUAUUGUGUCUCAUUGUAAUAAUGAAGAAAAUCAUGAAGUAUCGGACGAACCAGAUAAUUGUAUAAUUUCCCUUGAUAGACGACGAGCUGCGAAGCUUAAACGAAGGUUAAAAAAAAUUAACCACUCAACACUUGAAAUACAAACAUCCACUACUUCCUCUGAUACCUCAGACACUUCUCAGAUCAUUCUUGUAAAUAGUAGCGAAAGAGCUUCGAAAGAUAUACAAGCAAUAAAUAAUAUAUGUUACAUGCCGAUCACUAAUAGUAGUCUUUCGUUUGAAGGAACUCUGUUUACUUCAUAUAAUUUAACUAAGAUCGACGAAACUCACUCAGUAAAUAACAUUAAACCUGUUACUCCUUGGCUAAAAGAGAAAUCUUUGCAUCCACAAGCUCCCGGUCCAGUCACAGCCGCUAUAUUAGGCCAGUCUGUUCCUGUAUUAUCUUCUGAUAUUUCAAUCGAUCUAACUGUUGAUGAAUAAAGUAAGUUUAGUGUUAACAUUAAAUAGCAUCGAAACUAAAUACCGAUCGGAACAUCCAUUACUUAAAAAACUUAGUGUUUAAUCUUGUACAUAUUUAUUGCUUUCCAAUUCUAUACGAAGAUUCAUUUUGUGCAUUUCACUGAAUUUUAUUCUGCGUCAACUAUUUUUAUAGCUUCAUUUUAUGAUACAUUUAUUUAAUUCCACAAGGUUUUAAUUAUGUGACGAAUUCCUUGUGGCAUAAUUUCUUGUCAAUUUGUCAACUUGACCAAUAAAAUAAUUCAUUUUCUCGAUUGUGUUGCCUCAUCUCUAGGUUUUCAUGCUUUGAAACUGACUGUAAAUAACUUAAGACAUAGAUAUUUACCGGCUCGUUAACACAUUGGUUUGU